GCAGGGGGAAGGGGAGAGAGAUGGCAGAGUGCGCGCGCGCGCGUGCCGGAGAGGACUGGGCUCUCUGGCUUUUUAUGAAUGGAGAUGUCUGUCCUCUCAGUUCUGAGCAUCUCUGCCCCGUUCCAGUCUCUUUUUCUCUGUCAUUUUGACUCUGCCCCCGACUCUGUAUUCCUCCUCUUACCUCUGCACCCCGCCCCUCCCUCGGCACUUCUUUUUACGUUUCCACCCCCACGUCCCCCUGCCGUGGCCAGCAUCCCCGUGUAUUUCUAUAUAGUUCCUCCUCUCUGUAUCUCAAUCCUCUUAUUUCCCCACAUCUCGCUGGAUCUCUCUUGUGUCAUUCUCAACCCACCAUGGGUCCUUUCUCUUCCGGUUCCCCUCUUUCCUUACGUUUUCUGAGUCUUCUCACGCCUCUCAGCUGUGGUCCACCUACCUCUGUAUUUUUCUCUCUUGUCUAUAGCCCUCCCUUCCAUCUCUGUCACUGUCUGGAGCUGCGUCCUUCCUCACCUCUCCCUCUUGUCCCUGUGUCUCCUCCCCUCUCUUCCUGUAUCCUAGUCUCCCCAUUCUCUCCUCAUCUCUCUGCCUCCCUCUUCCCCUCACUCCUCCUCUCCCUAUUUCUUGGUCCCAUCUCUGUCCUCCCUCUUCUGGCCCCAUCAUAAGCCCGAGCCUCUCCAUCUUGUCUCUUUCCCCCUAUUUCUGUGUCCCUUUCUCUGUCCCCGUCUCUGAGUUUGCCUUUUUCUGUGUCUCUCAUCUCUGUCCCCUCUGGUACUCCCAUCUUUGUCCCCCAUGUCUUUCUAGGUCCCUUCUUUCUUCCCUCACGUCUCUGUCCUGUCUCUCUAUUCCCCGUCUUCCUAUGUGCUGUCUGUCCUCCAUCUCUCUGCACUUCUCCUCCCUCCCUUACCCUGAUCUUCCUGAGGCCUCCUUCUCUGCCACCCUUGUUUCUAUGUCCCACCGUCUCUGUUUCCCAUCUCUCAGGAGACCCUUGUUUAGCUUUGUCUCUCAUCCAUUUCCGGAACUACAUCUGUUGAUUUUCCUCCCCAAUCUAUCUUCUCUCUAGAUCCCUGCUUUCUGUGAACCCCAACUCUCUAUGUCCCCUAUCUAUCCUCUAUCUCUAUAUCUUUGUCCCUGUCUCAGUCACUUUCUGCUCCCUUUUUCUGUGUGUGCCAUAUUGCUUUCUCUGUUCCUCAUCUCUUGGUCUAUCUCUUUCAUUUUCCAGCGUCCCCCAAACCUCUUUCCAUUCUCUUCUUCCAUGCCUCUCUGAUCUCUCCAUCCUGUAUUCCUUCUCUACGUAUCCUCUUUGCCUCUCUGUCUUCCCAUAUUUUUAUAACUCCCUUUUUCAUCUCUUCUGGGUUCCUCUGUCUUUUUUGUCUUCCCCAUUUCUUAACGUCCCCUCCUUUCAAUGUUCCCUUCAUAUCUUGGGAUCCUUUGUCUUUUCUGUGUCUGUCAUCUUUCUGUGGCACCUUGUCUCCUUCUGUGUCCCCCUGUAUCUCUCUACUGGCCAUCUCCGUAUUUCUCCCUCAUGCCCCCCAUUUCCUUAAGUUCCCUCUUUCUUUGUGUCUUCUUCUCUGUGAUCCUCUAUAUUCCUGGUUCAAGUUUUAGACCUCCAUCUCCGUGUCAUCUUCCCCUCUCUCUUCCCUUCAUGUUUCUGACUCCUGUCUCCCCUUUUUCUCUGCUCCUCUUUCUCUCUGUGAACAUCCCUCCGGGUUCCCUUGUCUAACUCUUUUUUUGGUCCCUCUUGUUUAGUAAACACCCCCUUAUCUCUCUUAUCCCUUUUCACAAUUCUCUAUUCUGUAUCUUUUAGACCAUGUCUUUCAUUGUUUCCUCUCCUUUGGCUCUCUCUAUAAUCUCAUCUCUGUGUUCCCUCUGUCUUUCUGGGUCCAUAUCUCCUUAUUUUCCACAUCUCUUUGUCCCCUCUAUCUUUUUCCAUGCCCCCCUCCUUAUCUAAAUGUCCUGCUUCUUUUUGUCUUUAUGUAUCCCAUCUCUCCCCUUAAUUUUCUUAGUUCUCUCUGUCCCUUUCUUGUAUUUUCCCUAUCUAUAUGUUCUCCUACUUAACUCUUAGGCCCCUUCAUUUUUGAUAGCUCUCUCUCUCUGGAUACCCCAAUCUACGUCCCUCAUCUACCUAUCCCCUUCCUCAUCAGUGUCCUCCAUUUUGAUGUGUCCCCAACCUCUUUGUUCCCUAUUACUCUAUAACGACCUCUCUGCAUCUUUCAUCUCUAUGUGUCCCCAUCUUUAUCUCUUGACAUUCCCCUGUCUCUCUGGGAUUCCUACAUCUCCUGUUUCUGUAUAACCCCCAUGUCUCCCCUCUCAUCUCUUUCUGUCCACCUCAUCUCUUUAUUCCCUAUAUCUAUGACCAACCAGCUCUGCACUUCCUGUCUCUCUUUGUUCCCCCCCCCUUUCUCCAUGGCUUCUCAUCUCUCUCUAUUCCUUUCCUUGUAUCCCUGAGAUCCCAUCUCUCUGUAACAACUCUUUGUGGUUUCAUUUGGGGACCCCUCUCUUUCCCCAUUAUCUCCUUUGUCUCCAUGUCCCCGUCUAUCAGAGACCCCUUUGCAUGUGCCCCUGCGCAUCCUAUCUCUGUGCCUCCUCCUCCCUCAUAUCUCUAUUACCUGUCUUCUUUUCCUCUUUAUCUCUCUGUGUCUCCCUUAUCUCUUUAGAUAACUCUUGUCUUUAAAGCCCCUCUAUCUGUGAUACCCUCUGCCUCCCUUCCCAUCUUUGUGUCCCUGUGCCUAUUGCUUUCUCUGUUCUCUGUUUUCUUUAGUCCUCUUUUCUCUGUCCCCUAGCUUAUUCCUUCCUGUAUGUCCCCAUCUCUGAGUAUUAUCUCGCUCUCAUUGAGCCACCAUUUCUCUUUUCAUCCCCAUUUCUUGACAUUGCUCUUGUUUCACUGAGUCUUGGUUCUCUGGGUCUCCUCUUUGCCUCUGUUUCCCCAUCUCUAUAUGACCCCUUUAGUGUCCUUUCUAUGUCCCCAAAGUCAUCAUGACUACAGAUUUUCCCUUCCUCUCACCUGGGCUCUCCUAGAUCUUCCUCUGGGUACUUGUGGGCUUUUUCCAUUCCCCCUUGCCUCAUUCUUUGGACCCUUUGUCCCUCUCACUUUGUGGGACCCCAGUUUCUCUGUGCCUAUGCAAUUGUUUAAAAUCUCCUUAUUGUUACCCCUGACUCUGCAUCCCAUUUUGUCCUCAUUUCUAUCACCUGUCUGUAUGCCCCAUCUCUGUGUCCAUAUCUUUAUGUGGACUCCAUCUCACUGGAUUCCCUAUCUCACUAGGUCCUCUCCCCUUAUCUUUUCCCCUUACCAUGUCCUCCCUAUUUCUAUAGCUCUUGCCUCUAUAUUUUUUUCCUCUCUCUGUUCCCUCCCUUAUCUUUUUUCUCUCUCUCUCUGCUCUGACCAUGGCUGUUUUCCACCUUUUCUUGACUUUCAUCUCCACCUGCAUCUUCAUCUCUUCCUAUUUCUUUGUGGCCCUCCCAUCUCUUUCUUUUUAUCUCUCUGACUCUGUGUGUGUGUGUGUCUGUCUGUCUGUCUGUCUCUCUCUCUCUCUCAUCCUUCCUUUUCCCCCUCCCUCCAUCUCUCUUUCCUUCUUUCUUCCUCUAUGUCAGUGUUACCUGUUUGUAUCUCUGUCUAUUCUCUGUCCUUGGUACUGGCCCCAUCUCUCAGUCUCAGUCUCUUCUCUUUCCCUUCCCAAGUCUCCUUAUAUCUCCAAGUCUUUGACCUCUAGGUUAGGGAUGGGGAGAAAAGAUGGGAUUUAUGAAUCCUUCAGCUUUAUUUUAAAAAUCUACAAAGGGGAAGGAAGAGGGCUCUCUAUCUGGCUCCUUCCUGAGGCCUGGAAACUGAAGAGCAGGUAUAAAAAAUGUGGCCUCUCUCUCCAAAGGAAACCUCUCUAUCCCCUUUUCAAUCCCUCACUCACAAACACACACUCAUUCUGUGAGACUGACAAUCUUUUAUUGUGUCUAGAUAUUCUUUCCAUGCGUGUGUCUGCGGCUGCGACUGCAUUUCCGUGUGACACUACAUGUAUGUGUGUGGGGGUGUUUUUCCAGUACAAUACCUGGCACAUGGUGCAUGCUGAAUAAAUGCUUGUGAACAAAGGACUCUUUGGGGGUUACUGUGCCUGUGGAAGGGAUAGUGAAGAGAGUUCUGGCUUGGACACAGCUUUAAAUUAAGCCUCUGAACAGCUAUGUGAUGUAGAGCAUAUGGCCCACCUCUCUGGGUCCUCUGGUCCCGUUUCUUCUGCGUAAAUUAAGGAUGAUAGUAAUUGUAGCACCUGCCUCAGGGGACGGUUGUGAAGAAAGUGCUUGUAAAUUUUAAAAGUGCUUUAAAAAUCACACCUACUAUUGCAAUUCUUAUUAACACUUUCCACAUACAUACACUUCUGUCCUAAUUUGGUCCAAAUCCAGCGAGUAUUUAUGAGGAGUUUACUAUACUUACCAUGCCAGGCACUGGGCUGUGCCCUAGGGCGACAAAGAUAAAAGGAAACAGCCCCAGUCCUCCAGGAGCUGAUAAUUUACUGAGGGGUGACAGGUACAUAAUUAAGGAUACAGUAAUAAAUUGUUUGAGAUGAGAAGGAGCGCUAGUGACUGGAAGGAAGGAAGGAAGAAAGAAAGAAAGAAAGAAAAGAAAAAAAGAAAGAAGGGAGGAAGCAAGGAAGGAAGGAUUGAUUUAUUAAACACCUACUGUGUGCUACAUACUGGAAGAAGCACUUUACAAAUGCUAUCUGACUUAUCUCAGUGAUCAGUAAAGGUAAUGAAUGUGAUUAGGAAGCAGCCAAGUGGCACAGUGAAUAGAGACCUAGAUUUGAAGUCAGGAGGACCUGAGUUCAAAUCCUACUCAAUCACAUGCAAGUUGUAUUACUCUGGAUAAGUCAAUUAACCUCUCAGCCUCAGUUUUCAUCCCUGCAAAAUGGGGGUAGCAUCUUCCUUUCAAAGCUGUUAUAAGAUGAAAUGAAAUAGAGCACCAGCCCUGGAGUCAGGAGGACCUGAGUUCAAAUCUGAUCUCAGACACUCAACACUUCCUACCUGGGUGACUCUGGGCAAGUCACUUAACCCCAAUUGCCUCAGGAAAAAAAAAUGAAAUGAGAUCAUACUAUAUGCAAAAUGCUUUGCAAUCUUUAAUAUACAUAUACAUGUAUAUAUGUCACAAAUUGUGUGUGCUUAAUUGCAUGUCAGAGUCAGCUAAGUGGUUCAGUGGAUAGAAGGCUGGACUUGGAGUCAGAAAGAUCUGAGUUCAAAUCCAGCCUCAGACACUUACUAGCUGUGUGAUUCUGAGCGAGUCACUUAACCCUGUUUGCCUCAGUUUCCUCAUCUAUAAAGUGAGCUGGAACAGAAAACCGCAAACCACUUCAAUAUCUCUGCCAAGAAAACCCCAAAUGGAAGUCAUAGAGCAUUAGGCAUGACUGAAAAAUGAUUUUAAAAAUUGUAUGUUACUGGUACUGUGAUUCUGUGUCCUUGUGCUCAUUGCCCUCUCUGUGUGUGACACUUGUGUGUCUCUUAGUCUCAUUGACUAUGUGUUAUAUAUACCCUCAUACACAUAUGACUGUGCCUAUGAGUUCAGGGGAGUUGGGAGGGGCAGGACUUAGGGAGGUUAUGGAAGUGAAAGGGAGGAAGGGAGGCAGAGCAGGGACAAGCCAUAUCUACCAUGGAGGACAAAUUGGAAGACAGGUAGAUUGUUGCCUACGAAGGUUCUGAGCUUUCAACAUACACACACAAUCUCACACACAUGCACACAGAGUCACACAUGCAUGCACACACACACAUACACUGUCACACGCAGUCACACACAAUCACACACACACAGUCUCACAUGCACACACAGUCUCACACACGUGCACACAGUCACACAUGCAUGUGCACACACAGUCACACACAGUCUCACACACAUACACACACAGUCACACACACAGUCUCACACAUGUGCACACAGUCACACACACAGAGGUCUCACACAGUCACACACACAGCCUCACACAUGUGUACACACAGUCACACAUGCAUGCAACACAGUCACACAUACACACAUGCACACACAGUCACACACACACACAGUCAUACAUACAGUCACACACACACGCACACACAGUCACACAUACACACAUACACACCAGCAAAGUCUUGCAUGGAAGAGAGGGGUAGAUAAGGAAGGUGGUGAGUUAGGAGGCUUGGGAAGUAUUUAAAAAGAGGAGGGGGAAUGGAUAAGAAUUGAAGGGAAGUUGGAAAUGAAUGGAAUAAUAAAGAGAGAAGGAGAAUGACGGACAAAAGAGAGAAUAGAGGAGAAGAAAAGGGAGGAACAGAAGAGAAGAGAUGGAAACUGAUGUGAGGAGGAGGAAGGAUGAAAAUGAUGAGAUAGGGAACAGAUUGUAGCUCGGAGUUCCUAUGUACACAACUGGGGAGAAAAGAACCAUUUGGAUUUUGCGACCAUUUCUUUACAGCUGUCCACAUGGAAGAUCCUGUGCUCUUUGGGGUGAUAGGUUAGGAUAUCGAGAUGUAAAAUGACCAUCUCUGCCCUCAAAGGGAUUACAGUCUAACUAUGGGUUGGGGAAUAUGACAUGUGCUCAAAUAAGUUGGGGACCCUUGCAAGGUAGACUGUGAAAGAGACAAUGGGGGAAAAGCCCUAGAUUAGGACCCCCCCAAAUUGUGUUUAUGUCUGACACUGGCUCCGUAAUCUUAGAUCGCUUUCCUUUUCUGAGCCUCAGUUUCUUCAUCUUUAAAAUGGGGACAAUAAUAUUUACACUCGAAGGGUGUGUCUGUAAGGAAGGUACUCCAUAAGCCUUAUUGUGUUUUAUAUAAAUGCAGGAGCUAUUUUUAUUAAAUUUUUCCAUUUUAUUUUCAUUCUCAGAAUUGUAAGGACCUAUGGGAGUCUCAAUAGUGCAGUAGAUCAUGUUUGGACCUGGAAUCAGGAAGACCUGAGUUCAAAUACAGCCUCAGAUACUUACUGGCUGUGAUCAUGAUAAGCAAGAUAUUUAACUGCUGUCUACCUCAGUUUUCCUAUCUAUAAAAUGAGUAUAAUUAUAGAACCUACUUCACAGAGCUGGGGUGAGGAUCCAAUGAAAUAUUUGUGAAGUGCUUUGCAAACCUUAAAGCACUAUAUAAAAGCUAAUCCGACCAGAAUCUGUUUCAGAAAACUCCUUAAGUUAUUUAUCCAAGCAAAGAAAUCCUACUAUUGGCUUUGGCAAAGGGAAUCCUCUAUCAUGAAAGGCUACGGGAUUAUGAGUUUAUCACAGAGUCAUCAUGUCCUGAAGAAUUCAAGGAGGCAGUAAGAAAUCAGAUAUAAACAGGGAUGAAUUCUCCACAAAUAUAGGAGACCCCUUUAGGGAUUGUGGGUAGCAUGAAGAAAAGAUGAGGGAGAGGGAUUGUGGGUAGCAUGAAGAAAAGAUGAGGGAGAGGGAUUGUGGGUAGCAUGAAGAAACGAUGAGGGAGAGGGAAGAGUGGUCAAUAUGGGGAGGAAAUGGGGUAGGAUGACAUAGAGACAAUCUUCCAAAUUUGGGUGGGAGGAGGGGAAGAUUAUUCUGAGCCCCAUCGAGUCAGGGAGACAAUAAUUCAGCCACCUUCAAUUUAGCUCUGACUGUGUGCAAAGUCCAUAAAGAGUACUCAGAGAAUAGAAGAACAAUUCAUUUUUAAGCUAUUGAUGUCUUUUUCUGUUUAUUCUUAACUAAGGUUGACACAGUAUUUUUCUCUCUGCCAGGAUAACUCUGUGAGAGAGAUAUGGACAAGCAUUACUAAUCUCUUGGCGAGUAUUAGUAUCCUAAACAGAGGCUGGAGUGAAAGGCCUUGCCCAAGGUCACACAGGCUAGAGGCUGAAGCUUAAAUCCAAGCUUAUAGAUCCCAAAUCCCGUGUUCUUUCCAUCACACAAUAAAUAAGACAUGGCCUCUAUAGAAACAACUCGCAAGAGGUAUGGCUGGGGUUUUCCAUAUGAAUCAGGAAGUCCUGGGUUCAAAUCCAGCCUCUGACACAAGCUGUGUGCCUUGAGGGAGUCAUUGCUUCUCUCAGAUUCAGUUUCCUCAUCUAUAAAAAAGAAAGAAAGAAAGGUCUUUUAGAUCACUUCCAGCUCCAAAUCUAUAUUACUCUUAUUUCCUUGGGAAGCUUUUUUUGUAUAAAAUGAUGAGACUACAAGUAGGGAAAGAUAAGGAAUGAAAUAGGGGAUAGCACCAAUAUAAUGAGUAGAAAAAAGAACAGGGGACAAUCAGUCAUUAAAUAUUCAUUAGGUGCCCACUACAUAUCUGGCACUGUAAGAAAAACAGUAAAUUCAAAGAAAGGGAAAAGACACUAGUGGAAGACAUAACACACAAGCUAAGAACAAGCAAGCAAUAGAACAAAUAGAUAUUCAACAGAGGGAAGGUACUUGACUCAAGGAGGAUCAAGAAAGUUUUUCUGUAGAAGGAUUUUUUCCCCCUUGGACUUGAAGGAAACCAGGAGUAGAGAAUUCCAAGCGUGGGGUUCAGACAAUGAAAAGGUAUGGAGUGUCUUGUUUAAAGACAACAGAGGCUGCUGGAUCAUAGACUACUUGGUGGGGAAUGAGUUUAAGAGCACUAGGAAGGGGAGCAAGUUAGAAAGAGCUUUUAAAGCCAGAUGGAGACUUUUAUUUUGUUCCCAGAGAUGACUGAGAGCUCCUGGAGUUUAUUAAAUAGGAGGUGUGGUGUGGCGUGGUCAAACCUGUUCUCUGGCAGCUGAGUGGAGGAUGGGUUAGAGAGGGACCCACUCGUGGCAAGAUCAACCGACAGGCAAUUUUGUUGAGGAAUAAAGUGAUGAAGGCCUGUACCAGGUUGGUGGUGGUAUCGGAGGAAAAAAGGAAUAUAGACGUGAUGCUGUGACGUAACUUUGAUAGAAUUUCGCCACUUGGAUAUAGAGGAAGAGAUAUAGGAGUUACAAGGGUUAUCCCUACAUUGUGAGUGCCCUCCUUCAAAAGUAAUAAGGAAAUGAGAGCAUGGGCUAAAAGAUGAGUUGUUUGGCCAUGCAGAGGUUAAGACAUCCCAUUUGAAACGUUUGAAAACAUCUGGAAGUCCAAGAUUGGGAGUCAGCAGGAAGGGUGGGGCUAAAGAGAUCAGCCUAGAGAUGAUUCAACAGGAGCUAAUGAGAGCACCAAGUGAAGAGAGUCCAAGGACUGAGACUGGGAUGGUGUGGAUGGCUGGUGGACCACCCAAAGGAGUCUUUGAAGUGGUCAGGUGAUUAGGGGAAGAACCAGGAGAGAAAAAUGAAAAUCCAUGGAGAAGGAGAAAGAACAAGGGAUCUCCUUUAAGAUGGGUCUGAACAAGGUCUGCAAAGGGUUGAAGAAUAGAGGGUUGAAAAAAAGACCAUUUUGUCAUUUAUCAUUUAACAGUCUUCACUCUCUUUGGAGGGGAAAGUUUGGAUUGGAUGAUGGAGCUGGAAGCCAGACCAGGGAGAGUUAUGAAGAAAGUAAGAGGCAAGGAAGUGAAAUAUCCAGUAGACAGCCCACAAUAGGGGAGAGAGAGAUGGAGUAGUAGGUAGGAGGCCUAGGCAGGGAGGAUGGAGGAAAUACAGGAACCCCUGACCUUUUCCCUUCACCACUGGUACAUGAUUCUGGUUCAGUAAUGGUGAUGGCCCAGGAUGAUCCAGUGGGGGCUGGCUGCCAUUGGCGGGGAAGGGUCUGAGCCAAGUGGACAUAGGGCCUUAUCUAUGGAGAGGGCCUCUGAGACCAGAGUGUGAGCAACCUCCCAGGAAGAGGGGGCCAGGGAGGGUCCCUUGAUAGAGAGACACAUGGGACUGGUCUGGAGACUGAGGGCGAACGACUAAAUGGCUUUGUGAAGUCGAGAUGGUACAGAGAAUUGAGAUGAUGAUGUGGGGUGUUCAGGUAAGGUAUAUUCAAGGUGAUGUGAGCAUUUUUAGGAAUAUAUUUGAGUGGAACACAGAGAUUUAGAGCGUUUGGGGCAUGUCAGAAAUAUUGGAACAGAUUUUGGAUGGGCCAUAAGAGUGUAUUCAAAAUAUCUAUGACUCAUUUGGGAAGAAUAUAUUUAGAAGCAGUGUGAUCUAAUGAGUAAGAGAUGGCCUCAGUCAAGAAGGCCUAAGAUCAAAUUCCAAUUUUAGCCCAUCCUGGCUGUGUGGUCCUGGGCAAGUCAUUUUCUCCUGGCAACGCUGUAAGAGCAUAAGGGACAACUCAGGGUUGAUCUCCAUUAUUAGUGGGAGUUUUCUCACCGGUAGCGCCUUAAACCAAUAAAACCACAGGUUUGGACCCAUGAAACACAAAAUGCUGGGUGGAGGUAUGCUUGGGUUGUUCCAUGAGCAUGGGGAAACUGGUCAGAGGAAUAAAGGCCUGAGGGGGUUAAAGCACAGGCCGGAGGUGGUGGGGGACCAUGACCCCUCCUCCCCCCUGGGGCCCCCCACGGCCCCUCCACCUCCCAUGGCAGACCACCCCGGAAUGCACAUUGACGCUGGGCCUGGUGCACACCAAAGCGAACCUCAUCUUCCACCACCGGCAGCUGGCUGACCACAAGUUUGGCCUGACUUUCCGGAACCCAGCGGUGGCUGACGCUUUCCAGAGAAGCAUGCAGACUGCCGUAGCAGAGGGGGUCCAAGGCUCGCUCUCCUCAUCCUCUUCCUCUUCUUCCAACACUUCCCAGGAGCCCCCAGAUGUCCUCUAUACCCAAAAGACACGCCCGGACAGCCAGUCUUCUUCCAGCUCCAUCCGCCAAGAGACCAGGCCCCCCGGCCCUGCUAUAGUCACUAGCGAGUCAUCGAGCUUUGGCCUGGCCAUGACCUCCCAGCGCAGGCACUCCCCCACACAGAGUUCACCGCAACUCCAGCAACUUCAGCCUUUCUCAGUCAGGCCGGAGGCCCCAGCAACCAUGUCGGGCUGGGUGGGCCGGGGCUACGAAGAUUACCGGAGAGCCGGCCCGCCCCCUGUGCCCAUGGCCGUGUCCUGCGUGAUGCGCUUCGACAAGGCCCGCAGCACGUCGCCCCCGCUCCAGGCCGUGAGUCCCACAGUGCCAAGGACCCUGGCGUCCCCGCCGCCGCUGCCUCCGGCUUCGGAUCCGGCGCAGCUCCUGGCCAAGGGCUCCCCGUCCUGCCGCGUGACGGCGGGCUUCGCGGAAGAGGCCUCCGGUGCAGAGGCAGCCCGCUGCGUGCAUUGCCGGGCUCUGUUCCGCCAAGGCUCAGAUGGCCGCGGGGGACACUGCCCCGAGGCCCCGGACCCUGGGGGCCGCCUGGUGCGCCGCCUCAGUUGCCUCUGGUGCGCGGAGAGCCUUCUUUACCACUGCCUGUCGGACGCGGAGGGCGACUUCUCGGACCCCUGCGCCUGCGAGCCUGGCCACCCGCGCCCAGCCGCGCGCUGGGCGGCCCUGGCGGCGCUGUCCCUGGCGGUGCCCUGCCUUUGCUGCUAUCCGCCCUUGCACGUCUGCCACUGGGCUGCUGUGCGCUGCGGCUGCCCCGGCUGUGGGGGCCACCACGAGGUGGCCCGGUGAGUCCGGCCUCGGGCCGCGAUGGAGCGGCCCCCACCCCGCGGUGCUCUGCCCUUUGAGCCCGAGCCCGGCCCAGGGCGGUCAGGGCGGGAGCACCAGAGACCAAAGCUAGAAAGCCAGAGCCCAGAAUUGCAGCUGCGGAGGCCAGGUUCCUGCCUGACUUCCAGCUAAGGCUGGCCACCGGCGUGACCCUUCCAGUCGUCCCUCAGCUGCUCGUGCCCCCCUUGCUCCCUCGAUCCUCCAGGAGGCUGCUUGUUCUACCCUGUACUCUGGUCUUCCCUCCCAGAAAGCUCAGUGGACAAUGCUGCUGCCCAUCUAGCGCCUCCUCCCCCCACCUCUGGGGACAUUCCUUCCUAAUCUCCCAAAGGCCCUAUUCCUCUGGAUUGAAGAACUCCAUCUGACCCCCAGACUGUGGCCCCUUUGCAAACAGCCAAGGGAGAGGAGGAGUGUCUACAGAAACGUUGGGACUUAAGUUUCUCCCUUGCCUUCUGCCCCCUAUUCUUCUGGGUUUCAGAGCCUCCCAUGAUCCAGGCAUGGGAGUGAGACUCCUGUCCUGUCAGGGGUGGGAAGGCCUGUCCAACCCAAAAAUCACUGCUCUCCCUCUCCCAGGGGCCUCUCCCAUGCCCGGGGCCUUAUUGCUGCAGACAUUUGGGUGGAGAAGGGCUGGAGGAAAACCUCUGGCCACUCUCUCUCCUGUCAUCCCUCCCAAAGUUUGGGCUCAGACCUUAGCCUGCCCCAUCUCAGCACCUUUGCCAAUACUUUAAAUUAAUGACCUAUCCUUCCCUGAUUGGCCCAGAGUAUUUGUGGAUCUGACUCCUCUUCGGGUCCAUUGGGAGGGAAAGGGGAGGGACGGAGAGCUGGGGAGCAAGGACACCUGAGUUCCACCUCCCCCCACCACUUUUCUCCCUCUCCGUGCCUAGGUCUCCUCUUACUGUGGAGAGGGGAAAAUUUAUAGACUUCACCUACCUCGUUUUUUUUUUUUUUUAAGGGGGGACAGGGGAAGAGAGUGUAUAUCCUGUAGAGUGUUUUGGGAUCUAUUUGUGAGGAUAGGUUUGACCUUCUUUUUCCCCCGGAGCUUCCCAGGCCUCAGUUCCUCGCCUUAACCCACCUGUCAUCCAUGACACUCCCACCCCUUCCAGGCUUUAAGCAGACUUGGGACCCAGACAGUGGACAACAUUUUUUUUUGUCUAGGCCCUAGAAGGAACCAGAGAUUGGAACCCAGGACCCUUCCCCAUUUCUAUUUCCCUACUCCAAGAAAAGGGGAACCAAAUCUGGACCUCUUUUCUCUAGUUUGACAGCUUAAUAGUGUACCUUUUAUGUGGGACAACUCUGUGGAGCAAGAGAAGGGUGUUAUUGAUGGGGUACCUUAUUCCCUAAUCUCAACUCCUUCUUCCAUAUCUCUCCCUCCCUCCCCUUCCUCCCAGGAAUUGAAGAAAACCUGAGGGAGGUCCAAGAUAAUGGCUUUAAAAUGUGUUUGUUGCAAAUUCACUCACAGACUGGCUUUGCUUUAUUAUUUUUUUAAUGCUUAGCAGGAUAGCUCUACCAAGAGUUAAUAAGGUCGUCUGGCUAGGUGAACACCCAGGAAUGGCCUAAAAUUCGGGGAGGGAGUCACCCUGGGAGCCAGCCCUGACUCAAGGAGCCAAAGAACAGUUGAGGAAAAUCUCAGUGCUGGGAGAGGCAGGGUCUCCGAUGCAGAGCUGCAUGAGGUUUCAGAGGUCAUCCUUUACAGAGGGAAAAUUGAGGCCCAGAGGAAAGGAGCAGGUGGGAUAUUAUAUGUCACAGUGAAUAAGAGUGCUGGACCUGCACUCGGGAAAAUCAGAAUUCAAUCCCAGCUUUUGACACUUAGUAGUUAUGUGACCUUGCACAAGUCUUUUCUCUGACUUAACCUCUCUCAGACUCAGUAUGUCGGUCUGUAAAAUGGAUAUUAUAACAACAGCAUCUCCCUCAGGAUUGUUGGAUGAGACACGUUGCAUUAAAGCGCUAUAUAAAGGCUGGCUA